UUGAGGGAAAUCGAAGUUCACAUGCAGUUUUGUGAAGAAAUUUGAAGAAAAUUUAAGAAAAAACGGAAAAUUUUAUGAGAAAACGUUAAAAUUCAAACAAAGGAAGCGAAUUUUUUGCUGUCAAUCGUGCGAAAAAGGAAAAAUAAACAAAAAAUUGCCAGAAAUUUUUCGAAAAACGGGAUUUUUUGUCAGAAUCGGAGAUGAUUUCCAUUCCAAAACAGGAUUUUGGUCCAUCGAAGAGGGGUUCCGUCUUCCAAUCGAGCUACGAGUCCUUUUUGAGCGCGAAAGAAGUCAAUAACACACCAAAGCCGGUCCCGAGUAUCAAUAACAACAAAGACGAAGUCAUCGAAUUAGUUCCUGUCGUCAAGAAAAGAGGCCGGAAAUCCAUCAAAGAGCUCGAGGAACUCGCUUCAAGUCGUCCGGAGUCGAUUCAGAACCAACUUUGCGAUAAUUGCCCGUCACUGAUUCACUUAAUUUACCAACAUUUGAACGAAAUUGCCGCUGGUCGUCGAAAUCCCAUCCAAUACGGAACGCCAUCGACCGAAAUUCUCGAACAUUUAUCCGAAGCGCUUGGCUACAACGCACGCCAAAUCCAAAAAAUGAUCGAAACCGCCAAAAAUCCGUUCCGUUGUCGUCACUGCACCGAAGCUUUCGCCACAAAAAUCGAGUGGAAGCUUCACUUUUCCGGGCAACAUGCUGAUUUGAAGACCGUUGCUUGCCUAAAAUGCGAGAAAAUGUUUCAAACGAAGGAAAAUUUGAGAGUUCAUAUGCAAAAAGCGCACAAACCGAAGCCGAAAAAGGACUUUCCGUGUCCUCUGGAUGCUUGUUCGAAGGAAUAUGCAACACUAAAGAUGCUAAAGAGACACUUAACGAUCAGUCACAAGGACCAACAAAAGUUUUUGAAUCUCGAUGAACAACCGGAAGCCUCGAAAUUUGAACAGGAAACGCAAACAAGUGACGAAAAACCUUCGAUUCCGGUGAAAAAAGGACGCGGAAGACCCGUUGGAUCGAAAAAUUCUCAACCUGCUGCUACUUUAAGUGCCAAAAGAGCUCGAAUUACAAAACAAAAGAUUUUUUGAAGAAAUUUCCUUAAAAAUGGAAGGAAAACGUGAUAAAGUGACCUAAAUGUACAAAAAAAAAUUGUCUAAAAUUCAGAGUUUUGUACAAUUAUUUUUUCUUUUAAUGCUCCCUAUUAAAGUAUUUCAUUAAUAUUAACAAAAAAUUGUUUUGUGUAUAUAAAAAAUAGAAAGAAAUUACA